GUUUCGCUCUACGAGCUCGACGCAUGAGCCGAUGCAUCUGUGUUGCCGGACCCAUCACUAUUGUUUAGUAAAGGAUAAAGUGGUCUCGAUGCGCUAGAAGCACUGUGCCGCUUCUCGUGCUAUCUUUGCUUGUUAGUUAGCUUAGCUCGCUAGUUAGCUUAGCUUGUUAGCUGCUAACAGAAGACACAGAAGUUAUCAACACAUCGCUAAGUAGAGAUCAAGUGUGAGAGUAAAGUGUUGUGAUUGUGUGAAAAUGUCUACAUUACAAAUGUUGAGAGCGUUGGUGGAUCAGCGACUAACUGCUGCCGUUGAAAACAUAUUUGUAGUGUUAGAAAGAACGAUAGCAGAAUAUGAGGCGGAACUUUCUAGAACAAAAGAGGAUUACAAUCAACUACUGGACGCUGUUUUCAAGAAACAUCAAGUUGUGUUACACAGAACAGACAUCGAUGAAGAACAUCUUCCUCGUGAGCAGGAGGAGGAACCACAGUCUCCCCAAAUACACAAGGAAGAAGAGGUACCACAUUACCAACAUAUCAAAGAGGGAGGAGAGGAGCCACAUCCCCCCCACAUUAAAGAGGAACAUGAGGCGCCACAGACCCAUAAUGUUAAACUGACCCUUCACAUUAAAGGGCAAGCGGAGGACCCACUGAACUUACACAUCAAAAAUAACAAGGAGGACCCACUGACUCCUUACUUUAAGGAGCAAGAGAACCCACUGACCCCUCACUUUAAAGAGGAAGAAGAGGACCAAGAGGCGCCGCACAUUAAAGAGGAAGAGGAGGAAGAGGGCAUCAGUCAGCCUAAAUGGUUGGAGGAGUUCCCAGUGACUGGUGUCCCUGUGAAGAGUGAAGAUGAUGAGGUGAAAGGUGAAAGUGAGGAGAGGGGAGGGGGGGAGCCUCCAAGCAGCAGCUCAACACAACACAUGACAACAGAAGCUGAUGGAGACCACUGUGGAGGAUCACAAGCAGACAAGCUCUUAGCUCCACUAUCAGAUAGUGAGGACACAACGUCACACUCUCCUGACACUGAUGAUGAAGACUCUAAAGAUGAUAAGACAUGUCACACUGACAACACUCACUUCACAUCUUCUCUCUCUCACAAAACUUUUAAAUACCAUUGUCGUCUAAAAUCACACAUGAGAACACACACUGGAGGAAAAACCUUUUUCUUGCUCAGAAUGUGGUAAAGGUUUUACAAGAAGUACAGAUGUGAAAGGACACAUGAGAACACACACUGGGGAAAAACCUUUUUCCUGUUCAAUCUGCAACAGAAACUUUUGUUGACGAUCAAGCCUUGUAGCACACAUGAGAAGACACCCAGGAGAGAAAGUGUUGAGUUGCAUUGUGUGUGGUGAAAGAUUGUCUUCUAAGUACCAGUGUAAGAAACACAAGUGUGCUGGUGAGAACAGCAGCAGCAAAUGAAACUGCAGGAUUUGAAAUAAACUGUCCAGACUUUCA